GUAAGAAACAGCCCACCAGGUGAUGGUCAGACAGGGGUAGGUAUCCUAUGAUAAUUUGAAGCCAGACCUCCUACUCGCAGACAUGGAGAAACUAAAGUCAGCGCUACAGCCAUUUUACGAGUUAUCUCUAGCGCGCCGGUAUUAGCCAUGAUAUUCGUGCCCGGUAGCCACAACGAUUAACUCGCGUCCUGCGUCGUCCCUCCGAUCUCUGCACGAAAAGCACAUAUGUCAUCAACUAGAGCGAAAGGGAGGCUCUGAAGUCGCAGGAUGUAGCUACCGGUGUCGUAGUUAGGUAGGUCAGAUCAGGCUAGUUUGUCUUCUGCUUCCAAAUUUCUUCGAUCUAGUUCCCAGGGCAGGGUCAUCGGUCUAAUGGACGUCACUGAUAUGAUGGACCUACUGCAAGGGGAUGGCUGUCGUGGGCCAGGGAGCAAAUUAUAUAGGAGUCUCAAGAUGGCUGUUCCAGGGAUAGGAUAUAUUAACAACCUCGAGCAUUCCUCCCAACAUUCCUAGGCAUUCAAUUUCCCCUUAAUUAGUAACUCCGCACAUAUUUCUCCCCGAGGCAACACACAAGAAUCCCAAGGAAACCAUGAUUGCUUCUCAGACUCACCUCCGGGCAGCCGUCCUAACGAUACUAUCGUCCCUAGCCCCCCAAGCAGCCGCCGCAACCCCCAACUGCCACUGCUACCUCACCGACGGUUCGUCGCCCGAGUACUUCGCGAACCACAAGUUCUUCGACUUCCGCAACAUAGCGAACCCGCAAGUCCCCCCGCCCAUCGACGACCGCGACGGCUCUACCAACGCCCCGGUGGCCAACGCCUACUUCGACAGCACCAACUUCACCGACACCUGGUCCAUACAGAGCUGGGUCGACGCCGGCGCCGUCUACAACACCUACUCCAAGAACGAUGUCUACAUCGAGAGCAACACGGACGCCAACCCGGCCUCCAGCACUUACCUCACCCUGCGCACGUACCGCCACCCCGCCGGCGACUUCCAGUCCUCGGCCGAGAUCCAGUCCAUCUCGCCCAACUACCAAUACCUCUCGAUGCGCAUGUACUCGCGAACGCUCGGGGCCGCCGGCGCCGUAGCAGCCAUGUUCACGUACCGGGGCGGAGCCACCGACGCCGACGUCCAGGAAGCCGACCUCGAGAUCCUAACUUCGGACCCUUCGAACCUAGUGCACUACACGAACCAGCCGUCCACCGUCGACGGCAUCACGCGGCCCAACGCCACGCACGAGAUCACCAUCCCCGGCCCCUGGACCUCGUGGCGCACGCACCGGUACGACUGGACGCCCGGCACCAGCAGCUGGUACGUCGACGGCGAGCUGGUGAACGCGAACUCGUUCCAAGCGCCCGCCGACCCGGCCACGAUCCUGUUCAACGCCUGGUCCGACGGCGGCAGCUGGAGCGGCGCCAUGGCCGAGGGACAGAGCGCGCAGAUGCAGAUCCAAUGGAUCGAAAUCAUAUACAACAACACGGCCGAGCCCUCGCAGUACGGCCAUUGCGCCAACGUGUGCAGUUUCGAUAGCGGCACGGAGCCGGGUGUGCCGUUGCUCGUCAGCUCUGGUCCGUAGAGCCUGAUUUAUUGAAGAAGUUUAUCUCCGUCUCCUUAUUUUCUUCAGUUCGGACCUAGAGGUGUAUAUCAAUGAUUCAUAUGAGAGAUAACGCAAGGCAAUAAGCGUAUAUUCGGAUAGCAUCAUUGUUGGAACCACCUCUUGUAUACUAGAGGUUGCCCCCCGGGCAACACAAAAGCCUAAGGUUUACACCGCACCAUGUUUCUAUACUAUUUUAAUUAUUAUUAGCAACCUACCCCCUAUUAACCUAGAAGGUACCCCUGCAAUAGCCCGAAUUUACUACUAUUACACGGCUGGACAAUACUGUUGGACUAGUUAGAUUAUAUAAUAAUCCGUCUUACACGAGUAUAUAAAUGCGUCUAUCUCGAUCUUACGAUCAUGCAUCAUUAAUACAAAAGUCUCCC